AUGGGCGGCAAGAGGCGCAGGCUCGCCCAGAAGGAGCAGGCCAACGCAAAGCGCCUCCAGAAAGGCCAGCCAGGCCAUGACGACGCGGCGGGACAGCCCAAGCCCAAGAAGGGUGCCAACCCUGCCCACCAGCAGAAGCAGCAUGAGAAGCCCACGAUCCCCUUCAACCCGGAGGACCGCAUCCUGCUCAUCGGCGAGGGCGACCUGAGCUUCGCCGCCUCCCUCGCGACCCACCACCGCUGCAGGAACCUCGUCGCGACCGUCCUCGAGAAGUCGGCCCAGGAGCUCACGGAAAAGUACCCCCACGCCGCCGAGAACCUCACGGCCGUCACAUCCCCCCCUCCGCCACCGCAGUCCGACGACGAGGGAGAAGAGGAGGAGGACGACGCAGAGGAACCAGACCACCACCUCGCAGCGGCCGGCCGCGACGCAGCGCCUAUAAAGAACAGGAUCGUCUACGGCGUCGACGUAACCAGGCCCCUCCCCGCCUCGGCCUCGCGCCCGCCCCCGUCCCGCAUCCUCUUCAACUUCCCCCACGUUGGCGGCAAGUCCACCGACGUCAACCGCCAGGUCCGCCACAACCAGUCCCUCCUCGUCUCCUUCUUCGACCACGCCCUCCGCGCCCUCGCCCCCGGCGGCACCGUCGUCGUCACCCUCUUCGAGGGCGAGCCCUACACCCUCUGGAACGUCCGCGACCUCGCCCGCCACGCCGGCCUCCAGGUCGACCGUAGCUUCCGCUUCCAGGCCGCCGCCUACCCGGGCUACCACCACGCGCGCACCCUCGGCGUCGUCAAGGCCCGCAGCGGCGAGGGCGGGGGCGGGUGGAAGGGGGAGGAGCGCGCGGCCAGGAGCUACGUCUUCGUCAGGAAGGGCGAUACCCCGCUGCCCAUUGGUACGAGCAAGGUCAACACGGGCAAGAAGAGGCGGAGAGAGCAGGACGAGGACGACAGCGAUGACGAUUUCUGA